UUUUAACUGUCCUAAAUAAUUAAAUGGCAUCUAUUAGUUAGAUACCUGACUCACAACAAUACAUGCCUAAGCCAUAAAUAAAGUAUCAUAGCACCAUCCUAUAUUCAGCGAGUCUAAGAGCAAUCACAAUUGAAUACUAAAUGUCCAAUAUCAAUCUUCUUUAUUACAAGUUUAUGUUCUGUAAACUGAAUUCAAAGAAAUUUAUGUAUGCCUUUACCCCUGCCAGACAUAUACUGAAAUAAAUGUGCCCCACAUGCCCCAUUUUUGGAAUACAAAUCAAAAUAUUUCAGUCGGCUCAAAGACUAAUAAUUUUUCCCAUGUCCUCAAGUGCUGUACUUCUUUUCCUUCAUGUCUAGGUGAAAUACAAACCAGAUAGGUAAAAAAAUAUAUAUGCAAAAAUCCAUAUUUUCAGCUGAUUUAUGGAAAAGAAUCGGGAGAACCAAACCAACUUUGUUGGAUUCAUCCUCCUGGGUUUUUCUUCCUCUCCAGAGUUUCAAGGACUGCUUUUUCCUGUUUUCCUCUGUAUGUACCUGCUUUGUCUGCUGGGAAACCUUGUGAUAAUCUUGCUGAUCUUCUCCAGUGCCAGCCUCCUCCAUGCUCCCAUGUAUUUCUUCCUCUGUCACUUGUCACUGGCUGAUCUUGGAUUGAGCUCCACCAUCGUACCCCAAAUGCUGCAGAACCUGCUGUCCUGCACAAACUCCAUAUCCUUUAGUGGCUGCCUGACACAGGUGUAUUUCUUUGUGAGCUUCUGUGCAGCGGAUAACUUUCUCCUGGCCUCCAUGGCAUACGACUGCUACGUAGCCAUUUGCCGUCCACUGCAUUAUGCGACAAUCAUGAGCUACAGAUUCUGCAUACAACUGGCUGCUGUAUCUUGGCUCCUAGCUUGUGCCCACUCCCUACUGUACGUUCUUUCCAUGUCUAAUUUUAAGUUUUGUGCUUCCCGAGAGAUUCCCCAUUUCUUCUGUGACCUCCAUCCUUUACUGAAGCUCUCCUGCUCUGACACCUCAUCUGUUGAAAUGCUGCUUGUCAGCGAAGGCACGGCCAUUCUUCUCGGACCCCUUUUGCUGAUCAUAUUUUCCUACCUUUUCAUUGUAUUCAAAGUUUUGAAAAUACCGUCAGGCCUCAGGAAAUACAAGGCCUUCUCCACCUGCAUCUCCCAUCUCACUACCGUUGCUUUGUUUUACGGGACUCUGCUAGGCAUCUAUAUCCGCCCAUCGUCCACUUAUGCUGGGUCAAAAUUGAAAAUUGCAUCAAUAUUAUACACAGUGGUGACUCCCAUGCUCAACCCUUUCAUAUACAGCUUGAGGAACAGUACAAUGCAUGAGGCAAUGAAAAGAACAUUAAGAGGUUGGUUUCAGAAGAGAUGA